AUGGAAUCAUACAAGGAGCUCACUUGUGAGUUAUUGGCAUCGAUGAGGUACCACGAGUAUGAUGAGCUCGAUCGAGCUGACUUGGACCAAGGCUGGGGAUGGAUAACAUUCUUGGCAAAGGGAGAAAGGAAGAUUAUCACCUUUAGGCAGCUAGAGAUCUUUUUUGGCUUCACAUAUGGGGAAGGAACCCAUUGGGAUAUCAAGAGAAUGAGCUCCAACAAGGCAACAGGGACGAUCAAUGAAGGAGAAGUUAAGCUACUUGACAUGGGGAUUAAGCCCAUCAUCUCACGCACCAGGGAUGAAAGAAGCUCAGAGGAGAUAGAGCACACGCAGGAAACCUCAUGCCCCUCCUCGAUCAACUACUCUCCUACAGCACCACAGCCUAUAGCACUCGAUUUCAACAAGGAAGGAGGCUGA